AUGAAUACUAUUCUUGAAAAAUAUGACAUUAUCUUUCUACAAGAUAUAUCCCCAAACAACACCACCACAUUACAAAUUCUUACCACCAGACUACCCAUUACUGUCAUUCAAAGUCACUCCAACGACAAGACGGCAAUUGCUAUCAACCACAAAAUAGAAAACUUGAUAAAAAUAAUUGAGACAAACACUUUAAACCUUACUGAACAAGUGAGUCAAUAUGUCAAUGAUGUUAUAAUCCAAAUCCAAAAUACACGAAUAAUUUUGGUCAGCGUAUACUAUCCAAUAGCUGAUAAAGCACCAAUGCAGGUGACAUUAACUCAACAACUUAAUAAUGAGUUACCCAAAACAUACCCAAUCAUCAUGGGAGGGAAUUUCAACCACAUACUAAACCUUGCCACUGAUAGACAAACUUAUGGGUGUGACAAACAAGGGGAAGACAAAUCAAGACAAGAAUCACUUGACUUGUACAACAAUCACAAACUUGUUGACGUCUUUAGGGAAUUUUACCCAAACAAAAUCUGGGCUACUAACAAAAACCCACAAAACAAUCGACGUAUUGAUCGAUUCCAUGUAUCAUCACAACUCAUGGUACAGAUACCACGAUUUCAACAAAUCAAAAUACCCAAAUUGAAAUCAACACACAAUGCUAUAACAUUCAGUUAUAAUCUUGAAAAAACACAACUAAUCGGAUAUUGGUCCAGGAAGGGUUAUCGUUAA